AUGGCGGCUUGGAAGGUUCGAUUUUCAUUAAAAUGUACAGUAUUUCGUGGUCUAAAAUUCCUUACCCGCCCGACAUACAUCUAUAAUUCAGUUUCACCUAAGAUUACAGCUAGCCAGUUGUUUUUAAACAAAUAUAGGUAUAUAUCAACCAGGUUGUAUUUGAGCAAAGACCAGGUCGAUUCGAUCAGCGGAAAUGGAAGCAAGGAAGAAGUUGACAAAAGAACUGACAUAGAAAGGUUGAAAGAAUUGUUGUUUCGGGAUAAAACAUCGCCUAAAAAGAGUAAUAUAGGUGAAGAAGAGCUGGUGAAACAGAAUACUAAAACAGGGAAAUCUAUUAAAGUGACCCAAAUAGCAGAUGUACUUUCUACUAUGAGAACUUCCAAAGAUCACCCCACAGAAGUUCCUGUUCAUGAGGAAAAAGUCAUUGAAACAACUGAACAGAAUAUUGAUCAUGAUGGAAACUUGAUGCAAUCAGUUGAUGUAAACAAGUUGAAAGAUGCACUGUCUAUUCUUGAACAAGACAGAUCUGCUGCAAAUGAAGUAAUGGUAGGCCAACAGAUCUCACCUGAAAGCAGGUCUGCCAUCCAAGGAGCAUACAACAUAGAGCAGCAACAGUUUCGUGAUAGAGACAAACGCAAGAAAAUACCUCGAAGUUCACUUAAAAGUGGGCCUCGAUUUCACAUGUUUGCAAAGGUACAAGGAAACUGGCCACAUGAAGAUGUUACUCUGUACAAGACCAUUUUCCAAGAAAUGGCUGAGAAGGAAGUCAAAGACCUAGGCAUGUCUGUAACAGUUCAAAGUGGUUUCCAUGACUUGAUGGAUAACAUUAAUAGACAAUGGUCAUUUCCUAUUGAUAAUGAAGUUUGUAAAACAGAGGAAGAAGGCAUUAGUUUUGAUAAACAUGUAUUUCUUGAACAUCUCUUGCGUGACUUCCCAAAGACUGGCCACAUUCGGCAGUUUAUGGAACUGGUUGUAACCGGUCUUCAGCAGAAUCCUCAUUUGGGUGUUCAGGAAAAGUAUGAACAUAUUGAAUGGUUUAGAGACUAUUUUGAGAACAUGCCUGAUGAACAGGGCCAACUAUAAUUGCACAGAGUAAAUGUUGUCUGUAGUAUGUAUCCAGUAACUAUUUUUCUCUGAACAUAGUGGUUCAAUUGAAUUUUGCACAAAUAUUAUUAAACUGAAACAAAAGUAUAAUCCGACUUAGUUAACAAAGAAGAAUUUUAUAAUUUGUUAUAUACAUUACGU